UGUAUCUUUAGUUAUUGAUAUAACUUUCACAUUUAUGUAUAUAUUAUAAACUUUAUAAAAAGUUGCAAAAAAUCUGGAGGUGCAGGGAUUUGAACCCUGGACUUUCAGCAUGCGAAGCAGACACUCUACCACUGAGUUACACCCCCAGAUCACUUGGAACUUCACUUAUGGAGAAGCCAUAUUCAAAAAGGGUAAAAAAUGGAGUCCACGAGGAAACGGAUUAAGAUAGAAGUAAUGUCCUGUGAAAAACGUUUACAAAAAAAAAUACAAAAUGGACCAUAACAAUACUAUCAAUACUGUAUUCGAAGAAACUAAUAUGUCAGAAUACUCUUGUGUAAUAUGCCUUGAACCUUAUACGGACGAUUCAAAUGGAUUUGUUUCACCUUGUUAUUGUCGAGGAUCAAUGUACAAAAUACAUAAAAAAUGUGUGAAAAAGUAUAUUCAAGUGACAAAGAAAGUGAAGUGUCCAACUUGUGGUUAUCCUUACAAAUUCACAAAAAAAAGAAAUUCACUAUGGAAAUCAAUUAGAACUUGGUAUUUUGGUAAUGACGACUCUAUCGAAAGAAUAUGGACUAAUAAAUGGGUUUGAGGUUUUCGUUGAUUAUCCAAUAUUUAUACAUGAACAGUUGCGAAGAAUGUGUAUUUCUAUAAAUGAUUUCAUUAUAUUUUAUGAAAAUGAUUGGGAACUAAUUAUCGAGGACUUAGUGAUUCAAUGACUGUUCUAUCAGCGUUCGAUAUUUUUAUUUUUUUUUUUUUUUUAACUAACCAUAAAAUCAUGCACGUAAGUAUUCAUACAUAUAAUGUAAAUAAGUAGUUCACGUCGAUAUUUACUAAAAAAUAAACAUAUUUUAAAUAGAAUAUACUGUGCCCCGUGCCCUGUUUAUUAGGUUUUAUUUUAAUUAUCCACUUCUCCAACAUCUACUAAUUAAUUUUACCUACAUUAUUAUUAUUAUUGAUAAUAUAAAUAGGUAGUACUUACUAGGUACUAUAAAUGCUGUAAUCUAUAAUAAUGUGGUGAAACAUCACCAUAUAAUUCCCGCUCGGAGGUGGUAACAUUGUUAGGCGGUUGGUCACCAUGUUUGUCGACGGCGCGAACGACCGCCACGUCAGGACGGCGGUCACCCGCUCUCUCCGUUCGUAUCGCGACCCAAACACACGUUCGCCGAACCGAAGCAUCUGAGUUGGGUCCCGAGUACUAGGGGCUAAUCGUAGGUAGUGUACUAGUUGGGUCCCGGAUUAGGAAUUGAGUCCAUGCUACUUUUAUGUGUUUGAAUUGAGUCCCGGAUAUUUUCAUAGUGUGUUUGAAUUAAGUCCCGGGUAUUAUCUUAAUGUCUUUGAAUUGAGUCCGUAUUAUAAAAAAUACAGUAGUAAACAAAUUUGCAGGUUUGAGUUUUUAAAAUCUGUAUCUUUUAA